GAGCAUGAAGAUCUCCCAGGCGUCACUGCAGAGCUUUUAGAUGCAGUGAUGAGGGAGUCUGGUCGUCUGCUGCCAUCUAGCGGCGAUGGCUGCAACGACAACGCGAGUGCGAGCUAAUGAAGCACACCUGUUGGUCUGUAAUGUAUAUGGCUGGUGACUGGGCUCGUGUUGCUCAGUCGCCUGACAUCAAGCCUUUGCUUUGAUAACACUGACAAUAUUAGUCUAGAAUGAUGAAGACAAGGGUGAUAAAAGGACAACAGUCACAACUGCAGGCUGUGCGCAUCUGAGAAGCAGGCUGACAUGUGGUUAUUAGAUGGAAAAUGCUGUCAAACUCGAAGUAGUCCACGUUGAUUGACACGUCAAACCACCUGUGCAUUCACAGACAACGCGAAACCUCAGCUGAGAUCAGCGAAUUCUCUAAAAUUCACCCCCUAUGUGCUCUGGGAUGAAAUGUCGCAGAUAAGUCAGACCACGCCAUCAAAUCUGACUGAAGGUUACCCCGUGACAAAUCUGACUUUAGUCGUCCUCCUGCUCAUACCCUGUGUGGUGAUUCUGCUUCUGCUCAACUGCCUCUUCCUGGGUUACAAGUUGCUGAUCCUGUCAAAGAGCAACAACAGGCGGAAGCGCGAGGACACGGAGGAGAUGCUUUUGCAUUCCACCCUGCAGAGAGUCACGGCCUUCCCCCCGCUGCACGACGGGAGGAGAGCUUACAUGUCCGUGUCGGAGCCCGUCCUGCCGCAUCCCGUCACUUCUUCCAGGGCUUCGUCCAGGGAGAGGGCCGGGGUGGAUCACAGGAUCCGGCUCCUGAGGCCAGACGGUGCCACCGGCUCAGGGUCCCUCAGGGCACCCAGCACCAUCCGGGCCACUUCCUCUGCAGCCGGUUUCACCCCAAGAAGGCUUGACCUGCCCUCCGGGUCACGGACACACAGCGCGAGCAAAGCGGGAUGGUGUAGAAGCGCGCCGGUUUUACCGCAGUCCAGUGAUUCAGAGGCUGAAACCAGAGUGAACCUUGUCCCGCCAAACUCUCCCACGGAGACAGAGCAUGUGGGUUACAUUCGUCGGAGCAGUACUUACGAGAUGCUGACAGAUGUGAACCCAGGUGUUGCAGUGCAUGUGUUUGACAAGGCAGACGUGGAGUGUGAGUACGCCAACCCUUCCUCAGAGACGUCUGGCCUGAACGCAUCUGCAGUGGGCCCCGGACUCGACAGCGACUUUGGUGCGAGUGCAGGUGUCUCCCUGCGGAUUUUAUCAGCAGACAGUGACGGCCUGUCCAACGGUGUGCUCGCUUCAGCUCUGGAGUGGGAUUAUUACGACCCCUGCUAUGUCAAACAGAAUAAUGUACCCAAACAUAAACACCACAGGCCUGCAAUGCACAUUAAACAGUACUGGGUGUAAUAUGAUUAGUAGUUUUAAUAUUUAUUUUUAGUACUUAUAUAUUUAAUUUUAUUUAAAUAACUUAUUUACAUUUUCUUUUUUGGAAAGACACAUACAGCUUUUUAUGUGUUUAGAUUGUCUCACUAAUAUUCACUAUGACUUUACACUAGUUUGAAUUGACUUUUUCUUUUAAUUAUGAAUGCACUCUGUCACUGAAGUUGUUCAAACUGUGAAACAUUUACCACACCUUCACUUACAUUACUGUGAAAUGUUUAUUGUGCACUUUUCACUUAAGUUAAUGUUAAUUAUUGCCACUAAUGUUACUACACAGCUGUUUGGCCAGUUCAUAUUUCAUUAUUUUAUGUUUCAUAAACAUUCACAUCAAGAUUUAUACUCACUGGUAUUGUUUGAUAUGUUUUUGAUUCACUCUGACCAAUAAAGGCUCAUUUAGAAUUUCAUGAAGUGCCUAUUGAUUACUUGUAUCUUUCCAAUGAAAUCAAUCAAUAAAUCAAUCAGAACAUUAAGAACUGUAAAUUACAUACACAGCUGCCUAUUCCAUCAAAUUUACUCUAUUGUGGGAUGAUUUUUCUUAUUUAGACAUUUGUCAUGUACUGCUCCUCACCAGCAGGCAGCACUGUAGUGUCACAGAUGUCUGAGAAUGACCUCAGACAUUUACUUAAGUACGCAAUUUCAGACAUGACGAUCAAAAAUGGAAGGGAAAAACAAAUUUCUAUCAAACAGGCUUCUGACUGACACAUAAGACAUUUUUAGUUUUGAUGGCCUGAGAUGCUUUCAUCAAAGGCUGGAAGACAUAGCACCAAAAACAGCACCACCUCAUCAUCAAUAUUUUAAUUAUUCUACACAAAGGACAGACAGGAAAAUAGUUCAGAAGUGUGGCUGUGAACUACACAUAAGCAUUGGUUUCAGUAUUUUUACUGUGCUGUUAUAUGAUCAGCACAAACUGCAAAUUGAGGUGUGAGACAAUAUCAAGUGACCCAACAACAGUGCCCCCAACACCGAAAGAAGUGAUAAAGUCAGUUGGAAUACUUUAUUCUCAGUUAAGAGAUAUCUGUACAUUAAAGAUCAAGUGCCACUUGAAUUUUUUCGUAGUUCAAGUCAUAGAAAGUAUAACUGACGCUGCACUAUGCAAACAUGAACACAACCAGACUGUAAAGAA